AGAGGUGCACGAAUCCCGCCUCUGGAACCCAUCAUCCUGACGUGAUGUCAGAAUCUAGUUCCCAGGCGGCGCGGGAAAUUGUGUGAGCUAUGUACCAUGGGCUGAUCCAGCAUAUAUAAUAAGUGGCCGGCAAAUCAACCGUUGCCUUACGGUCAGCGUACCCUUGGGAGCUCGAACUUUGCUCACUUUGUUUUCUCUGUCUGUCUUUCCCUUUUACACCAACAGUUUUGUAAGGUCUACACCAAGCCGAGAAGCCAGCAUCUGAGAGAGAAGCACAACGCUCUUUAGACACUAUGGCUUUGACACAGCUAGCCCUUGCCCUCGUCGGCGCAUCGGUCAUUGUCAACGUCAUUCACACAUCAUGGCGUCACCGACAAAAGGCCAAGCAACUGGGUUGUAAGCCGCUCCCAGCGGCCCCGAUUAGAGACCCUCUCGCCAUCACCAACAUUUUGGAGAUGGUAAAAGCAGACAAGGAAAAGCGAGUACCAGAGCUCCUCGAGGAGCGUGUCGAUACAGUGGAAAAGACUUACGGAAAAUACCUGACCACCUACCGCCUGAAGCAAGGUCUUGGUGAAAGCAUUGUUACCUUUGAGCCUAAGAACAUCCAGGCUCUUCUUGCCAACCAAUUCAAGGAUUUCUGUAUCGGAUCUACUAGAGAAGGCUGCAUGGGCCCCCUUUUGGGACGCGGCAUUUUCACCACCGAUGGAGCCGAAUGGGCACACUCGCGCACCAUGUUGAGACCUCAGUUUACUCGCGACCAGAUUAGCGACCUCGGCCUUGAGGAAGCUCACGUACAAAACGCCAUGCGAGUCAUCGCGCAGCCCAACAAGGAGGGCUGGACUGAAGCUGACGUUCAGACCAUCUUCUUCCGCCUCACUCUGGAUUCCGCUACCGAGAUGCUCUUCGGAGAGUCUUGCAACUGCCAACUUACUGCCUUUGAGAGUGAAACCUCUGGUUCCCUCGCCGCCGAUUUCUCCAAGUACUUUGACUACGCCCAGUGGAACCUUGCCCAGCGUGUCCGUGUCCCUGGUCUCAGCUUCCUGUACGAUACCAAGGAGUUCAAGGACUGCUGCAAGCAGGUUCACCGAUUCGUCGAUGAGCGUGUUGCCAGUGCCCUUGAACCCGAGAACAAGAAGAAGGCUGAAGAUCCCAAUGCGCCCUACGUCUUCCUCCACGCCCUCGCUACCACCACCCAAGACCCCCUCGAACUUCGCUCGCAGCUCCUCAACGUUCUCCUCGCCGGCCGCGACACCACCGCCUCUCUUCUGUCCUGGACCAUGCUUCUUCUCGCCCGCAACCCUGAAAUCUUUGCCAGACUCCGCCGCGACAUCAUCGAGGCCUUUGGCACCUACGAAAACCCCCACAGCCUCAGCUUCUCCAACCUCAAGUCGUGUCAAUUCCUCCAGCACGUCAUGAGCGAGAGUCUCCGUCUUUUCCCUCCUCUGCCUGUCAAUGCCCGCUACGCUACCAAGGACACUAGCCUGCCUGUUGGUGGUGGCCCUGAUGCCCAGGACCCUAUCUACGUCAAGAAGGGCCAGGCCGUUCUCUACAGCACCCACGUCCUGCACCGUCGCAAGGACAUCUGGGGUGAGGAUGCCGCCGAGUUCAAGCCUGACCGCUGGGUCGGCCGCCGUGUCGGAUGGGAAUUCCUUCCCUUUAACGGUGGUCCUCGUAUCUGCAUUGGCCAGCAGUUCGCCUUGACUGAGGCUGGCUACGUCCUGGCUCGUUUCCUCCAGCGCUUCGACAAGGUUGAAGAAGUCUACCCCGAACGCAAGUUCACUUGGCAGUUGGCCCUUGUUAGCGCCCCUGGUGAGAACGUCACUGUUCGCUUCCACGAAGCUGCGGCCUCGGCUUAAAAAAUGUACAUGCUCCUUGAAGCAUACUGCUGAGACCCGACGUAUAUGAUCAAAUUUCCCAUGUGUAAUUAGAGUUUUUGUUUUUAAAUUAGAAUAUCUAAGCAACUAUUUUACCGUCAAUGAUAAAAUCUUCCACCCAGCCAAUGUUUAUACUACAACGGUUUAGCAGCGAGACCUCGUAAAGAAACGGUCGGCAUGCACUUACAAAACACGGUCGGGAUUGGUGAAACGAUGAUGAUCGGGAGCUACUUUUUCUUUAUAGAAGGGAUCAUUCUGAAAAUUGAUCCAGCAUUGUACAUCUGGGAAGCGAACCUGUGUGAUAAUGUCGUAAUUGGUUUCAUUCGUGAAGAACUGUUGUCCGCCCAUCACUUGGUCGAGCAGACCCUUGGUCGUCGAAUCGAAAAAGCACUGGUUACAAUGAGUUGCGAAUUAAUUUAUAUCGUAUCGGAUGCUUACCAUGGUAUAGCCAGUAAUGCCAUGUCGUGCGAGCGCUUCUCUUACGAGUGGUGCGUGUACGUUAGUCAUAUAAUGGCGAAAUUCCUCCUCGCUCAUGCCGUCACGGCGAGAGCCACAUACCGUCCAGGCAAGUGACCUUUUGGUGGUAGCAGUUGUAUCGGACAUUGGAACGAUAAAAUCAGAAGAUGGAAAGUUUGAAAAACUGAAAGGAAG